AUCGCCCAUUUAACGACAACAGCAACUACCGAGCAACUCGACCCACGUGCGCUUCCCCCGAGGUUUGUCGACCAGUGGGGAGUGGGUCGUGCUCAACGAUGCACGCACGGAAGAAUGCCUCCGCGUGACCCAGCACAAGUUUGCAUGGCAUGGGGCGGCUUUCGGCGCUCGUGGAACCGUCGCUAGUGAAGAGAUGCCACGGGACGUUGUCCAGCCGCGUUCCUGCACGAAGCAACGCCCUCGAGUAGGGCUACUGGGAAACAGCGGUGGGCCGAGGGCAAGCGAGGACGCUGGGAAGGGCAUGCGUCGUCUCGACAGCAUUCGUGUGUAGAAGGAACGUUGUCGUCAGGAAGGUCGUCCACACGCAUCCGCCAACGAUGCAUCUGUGUCUUGACGCGAUCGUGCCCGAAGUUGGGACUGACCGCCAGGACCCCCACGAUCGCGCGACGUAUCCUCGCCCACGUGUGCCCCAGACAUAUCUGACGUGGAGGCAAGUGCAGGUCGGUGCGCACGGCAAUGCGCUCCUGUUUCGAGAGCACAAGAUCAUGCAAGUCCCCAGCAAAAGAGACAUCUUCAUGCAGCGGUGACAGAGGAGGCACACGCCGCGAUCACUCGACGUCCCCGACUCGCCACCGACACAUCGGCUAUCCAGCGUCGACGACAGGAUGCUGUGCCUGAGGGUAUGUCGCGUAAGGCGGUUGCAGCAGGAACUGCGCCCAUGAAGACACCUUGGUCUGCGACGAACUCUACGCCCCCGAAAAAUGCCACCGGCAACAACUACGCUGGUCUGUGUAGGUCGAUUUGGACCAUCGACAUCCCACCCGGCAUGGCACAACUUUGGCACAUGCAGCAGCAUUCUUCACACAUUCGUCGAGCAAUACAGCUCGCUCUAGAGCACAAGCAGCGCUCUCUACCGAUGCACACGCCACAGCAUCCUCGUCCAAGGCCACCUGCGAAUGGAAGAUGAGUGCCGAGGCCAUGCGGCGUAUUCUCGAUUCGGGGGAAUAUGUCGCAGUACUUCGUGGCGCUCACGGUUCUCGAAUAUGCGGCGCAGCCGACCAAGGCAAACGUGGAGCACCAGCUUUGUCGGGAAAUAUUGCGGCUCUAUCACACUUGCGCCACAAAAUCAUCCUGCGGCUAUAUGGGUACGCUAUGCCAACAGCACAUCGACCACAUUGCCGAGUCUCUGGCCCGGGGCGAACUGCACAAGAGGUCCGACGGUUCUCGGAAGAGCUGCCGGCGCGUGAAGUCGUUGCGCUCGCAUGCGCGUGUUUGCACAAGCCAAGGACGUGAUUCACCGAGAGAUCAAGGCCACGAGCGCGUCCAUGAUAUUGGGGAUGGCCAACGGAACCGCGGGGCUUUUUCAUGAACAAUUGCAAUAUUGGCGCAUUCCUGUCAAACUCGCCAAGUGGUCGGCUACGAAGUCAGCGCUCGUUUGCGUUCGAGCCACGUAAACAGCGGCAACGCGUCUGCGUCGGCGGUUCUGGCGGCUUGGAUGAUGUCCUGGCACCGAUUACGUUCGCCCGCCGUCAAUUGAAUCUGGCACCCCAUUUGCUGCACACACCGCCGGGCACACACGUGCCCGAGCUCCACACACGCGCGCACGUUGCAGUUUGUCAUGCUAGCCCAUCAUCCGUGUGACUUCACGAAAGCACCGAAACAUGGACGUACAGGCCCGCCAAGAAGCCUCCGACAAACGCAUCGCCAGCGCCAGUAGUGUCGCG